AUGACAAAUAUUUUGGGCGACCUGGACGUCCUGACUGGCCUUAAGCACUUGUCUCUCAGGUAUGUUUUGGACGUGGAGGAAUGGAAAGAGCUCGUCAGAUCUUCAACAAGCUUGCCGCAGCUGGAAAACGUUUGGAGCCGGAUUGCAAGGAUCGAGCCAAAGCUAAGAGACACAGACUUUGGCAACUAUCUGAUUCGCGCGUUUGGGAAACGAGGCUGCCUGAAAUGUUCCCUGCGGGUGUUUGACGCGAUCAUCGCCAAGAACACCAACUCCUGGUUGCUUGUGCUCUCCAGCUUCGCUCUCACCAGAUGCUUCGAUCAGCCAACACGCAAGGGCUCUCUGGAGGACGCCAAGAAUAAAUUCGAAAGCGGUGCCAAGAGCCAAGGGUGCUGGAACUCGAUGCUCGCGGCUUAUGCCCAGAACGGGCAUCUCUCGCGCGCGAAGCAACUCUUCGACAAGAUGCCGGCUCGUGACAUCGUCUCUUGGAGCUCGAUGCUCGCAGCAAGCUCGCUCAACAGCGCAGCAGAUCUCUUCGAGAGAAUGCCGUCGCGGGAUCAGGUGUCGUGGACUGCGCUCCUCGCAGCCCAUGCACGGGCUGGAAACGUCGACAAGGCGAUCGCGCUCUUCAACUCGAUGCCGUGCCGAGACGUCCCGGCCUGGAACAUCAUCUUCGCGACUUACAGUCACGCGGGAGAUUUCAAGACCGCAAUGGAGCUGAGGAGGGUGAUGGAUCUGGAUGGAAAGACACCGCUCGGCGCUGCCUGUGGCUGA